UUCUCACCAGUAGAAGUUCUGUGGUUCUGUAUCUUCACCAACACUUGGAAAUCUCAGACUUGAAACUUUUUACCAAUGUGAUAGCUUAACCACCGGAAGCUCAAGAACAAUGAAUCCACUUCACUCUUCCUGUUGGAACACCUCUGCUGAACUUUUGAACAAAUCCUGGGAUAAAGAGUUUGCUUCUCAAAUGCUCGGAGUUGUGGAUACAGUCCUCCUGCCUUCCAUGAUCGGGAUAAUCUGCUCAAUGGGGCUGCUUGGCAACAUCCUCAUUGUAUUUACUAUAAUAAGGUCAAGGAAAAAAACUAUUCCUGACAUUUACAUCUGCAACCUGGCUGUGGCUGAUCUGGUCCACAUCAUUGGGAUGCCUUUUCUUAUUCACCAGUGGGCCCGGGGAGGAGAAUGGGUUUUUGGGGGGCCUCUCUGCACCAUCAUUACAUCCCUGGAUACCUGCAACCAGUUUGCCUGUAGUGCCAUCAUGACUGUAAUGAGUAUGGACAGGUACUUGGCUCUUGUCCAACCAUUUCGACUCACAAGUUGGAGAACGAGGUACAAGACCGUCCGCAUCAAUUUGGGCCUCUGGGCAGCUUCCUUUGUUCUGGCGCUGCCUGUCUGGGUCUACUCGAAGGUCAUCAAAUUUAAAGACGGCGUGGAGAGUUGUGCUUUUGAUUUAGCAGCCCCUGACGAUGUGCUCCGGUACACACUUUAUUUGACGAUAAUAACCUUUUUUGUCCCUUUGCCCUUGAUUUUGGUGUGCUAUAUUUUAAUUUUAUGCUAUACUUGGGAGGUGUAUCAACAGAAUAAGGAUGCCGGAUGUUACAAUCCCAGUGUCCCAAGGCAGCGAGUCCUGAAGCUGACAAAGAUGGUGCUGGUGCUGGUGGCAGUCUUCAUCCUGAGUGCGGCCCCUUACCAUGUCAUACAGCUGGUGAACUUGCAGGUGGAGCAGCCCACACUGGCUUUCCACGUGAGCUAUUACCUCGCCGUCUGCCUCAGCUACGCCAGCAGCAGCAUCAACCCUUUCCUCUACAUCCUGCUGAGUGGAAACUUCCGGAAACGGCUGCCUGGAGCGCAAAGGAGGGUGACUGAGAGGGAAACCCACAACAUGGAGAACACCUUGAAAUCCAGCUUUUAGGAGAAUACAUGGAUCACCAGUCACCUCGGCAGGCUUGUCUAAGUAACUGGGAUUACCAGAAAGGACAGGAGAAACCGUGGGUUUGUGAUAUACUUCUUGUGUGCUUGUGACUCUUACUAGCAUGGAACAGAAGGGUAACCACUCAAAUGCAUUGAGUGUAAUAUGCUGACU